AUUCAAGAAAUGGUUAUCAAGACAGUGAAACUUUCAUCAGGUGGCUUAAUGCCUGUUCUAGGCCUCGGAACCUGGACGGCCACUGACGAAAAAGAAUUGACAACGGCAUUGAAGGCCGCACUUGACGACGGUUAUCGUUUAAUUGAUACUGCUUACCACUACAAAAACGAGGCAGUUAUUGGUAAAACACUCAAAGAGUACUUUGCGACGGGAAAGCUCAAAAGAGAAGAUGUGUUCAUUACAACCAAGCUCCCAAUAUUUGGUCAUGCUCCGCAAGAUGUGCCGAAACUAGUCAAUAUGCAGUUGGAGGCUCUACAAACGGAUUAUAUUGAUCUUUACCUAAUUCAUGGUCCGGUACCUUUCAAGAGAGCAAAAGAUAAAUUUGACCUGCACUUCGAAAAUGGUAUGCAAGUGCCUGACCCGAUUGAUCACCUUGACACCUGGCGUGCUAUGGAAAAGCUCCACGAUGAAGGAAAGCUGAAGGCUCUAGGCUUAUCAAACUUCAAUGUUAAACAGGUGCAAAGAGUUUAUGAUAAUGCACGUAUCAAGCCGGCAAAUUUGCAGAUCGAAUACCAUAUAUACCUGCAACAACCGGAACUUAUUCAACUGUGCAAAAAAUUGAACAUAUCCGUCACUGCUUAUGCUCCUAUCGGCUCGCCGGGAAGGAAGGAAGCUGUUCCAAAAAUGGCGUGGCCAGAUGGGGAUCCAAUGACCGAUCCUAUUGUGAAAGAACUUGCUGCCAAGUAUAAAAAGACCCCAGCACAGAUUCUGUUGCGUUUUGUCGUACAGCAGGAUAUUAUAGCCAUUCCUAAAACGGUCAAACUAGACCGACUCAAAGAAAAUAUGAACAUCUUCGAUUUUGCUCUCACCGAUGGAGAAAUGAAGAAACUUCACGACAUCAAAACUACUGUGAGGCUACAUCUCUGGGAACAUGCCAUCGGUCAUCCAUUCUAUCCAUUCGAUGAUGUGAAGCUAACGAAACCUUUUAGUCUGAUGCCCUGAGUUAUGGACAUUCUCUUGAUGUAUCAAAGCCUGCAAUUUUCAUUGCCCCCAGCAUAUUAUAACGUC